UUGUGUGAUGUUAUGUGUAAUGUUUACUGUCAAUCUGUAUUCUUGUGUUAUGUGAAAGAACUUUUAAUUUUUUCACGAACACAUUAACCUUUUAUAAUUGGAUAAAAUGUCGAUGACAAUAAAUGAAGAUGAGAAAAACGAACUUAUUAAAAGUAUAGAAAAUCUUUUAGAAGAAUCAUCGACACUUAUUUCAGAUACAUGUUCAUCGCUCAAUUGGGAUGUCGGAAAAACAGUUAACAAUAAUGAUAAAACAUAUAUCAAGUGUCCGUUUAAUGAAGGUCAUAACCUCACAGACAAGAUCUUGACAAGACAUCUACAUAAUUGUGAACUCAAGUCCUUAGGUUACACAAACGAAUGUGUCUUUUUGCCUGAAACAACUGUUGAACCAUCUGAUCCUUCAACCAUUACUAUAGAUUUUCAACUUCAAUACACCAUUCUUCAAGAAGCCAAAACAAACAAUCCUGAAUUGAAUAUAGGAAGUAAUGAAAGAUUCAUUCCUUUAACGUCACAAAGAAUGACCAGUGACUUUUCAAGAGAUGAAAGAAAAGUAUUAUAUGAAUACAUAGUUGCCAAUACUUUAGCUCCUGAUAUUGGUGCAGAUAUUGUUGAUCUUAAUAAACCAGAUAAAUUAGAUAACAAAAGUACACCACUGCUAGAACUUUUAGCACAAGAGAGAGAUAUUAAAAGGCGGAGUACAAAACACAGAGGAGUGCAUACAAAUAAAAAGUCACACUAUGAGAUCAUGAAAGAAGUGAUUGAAAACCAAAUGGAAAUGUAUGUAGAACAUAUUUCAACAACUAAUAACAAACUACUUGUUAACAGUGAAAAUAGCAAAUAUGAAAAACAUGUCAAUGAAAGAAAAAUAAAAGAAAAAUAUUACGAUAAAGUUUCUCAAAUGAACUAUGAAGAAAAAAUUGGUAAAUCAAAUUAUAGAGAGAAUAAAGACUCAUCAAAGUAUAGUAUUGAAAAAGAUCACGAUUUUGAUUAUAAAAAAAACGAUAAAAUUCAUAAAAGGUACGAGCCUGAUCACAAACAUAGAAGUAGAGACUAUGAUAGACAUGAAUCGCAGAAUAAAAAAUUGUUUCCACAGCGUAAUGAAACAUCCGUUCAGAAUAAUCACAGAGAUGCCAAAAAAAUUGUUAAGUAUCCUGAUGAAACUAAUGAAACUUUUUCCUAUCGCAAAAGAAGCGAAGAAAAAAAUUAUGAUAAAUAUUUUGAUGGUAGCAGUGAUGAUCGCAAACAUGAACAAUAUAAUGGCUCACGUGCGCAUAAGCAUCAUGAAAAAGAUCGCGAAAGACCACGCAAGCGUCAUCGGAGCAAAUCAGAAGAUGAAAAAUCGCGAUACUCUUUCGAAGAAGAAAAAUAUUACAAAAAUAGAGAAAAAAGGUACGACGCUUACGAUGACAAAUACGAUUCAAGUGAAAAUCACAAAAGUCACAAAAUUCACAAAAGUCAUAAGAGUCAUAAAAGUCAUAAGAGCCAUAAAAGUCAUAAAAAAUCAAAACAUGAACGAGAUUGAGGAGGAAAAAGUGUAUAUACUUUGAAUUCAUUAUCUAAUUUAUAAAAUUGUAAAACUUGAAAUUUGUUACGAAUAAAUGUUUUUAUUUUUCUAAAA